AUGGACAUGACCUUCACGGAAGCCCCUUUGGGCGGUCAAGCGUAUGACCAAUACGGUCAUCCUUACCCUGAAUUCACGCAAAAGGUUUGCCGUGCAGCGGAUGCAGUAUUGUUGGGCGCAGUUGGUGGUCCACAAUAUGACAACUUAGACCGUCCAUUACGUCCAGAGCGUGGUUUGUUAGGCAUUCGCAAAGACUUGGGCUUGUUUGCGAACUUGCGCCCAGCCGUGUUGUACCCAGAGUUGGCGAAUGCUUCAACACUUAAACCAGAAGUGGUGGCAGGCUUGGAUAUUAUGAUUGUGCGCGAACUCACAGGUGACGUGUACUUUGGUCAACCACGUGGUAUGCGCGUGAAUGAAGAAGGCGAGCGCGAAGGCUUUAACACCAUGGUCUAUAGCGAGUCAGAAGUGCGUCGUAUUGCGCACGUGGCUUUCCAAAUUGCCAUGAAACGUCAGAAAAAAUUGUGUUCAGUUGAUAAAGCCAACGUGCUUGAAACCACCGAGUUCUGGAAAGAAAUCGUGAUUGACGUGGCAAGCGAAUAUCCAGAAGUGGAGUUGAGCCAUAUGUACGUGGAUAACGCGGCCAUGCAACUCAUCCGCAAUCCAAAACAAUUUGACGUGAUGGUGACUGGCAAUAUCUUUGGUGACAUUUUGUCUGAUGAAGCUUCUAUGUUGACAGGCUCUAUCGGCAUGUUGGCUUCAGCAAGUUUGAACGAAACUAAAAAAGGCUUGUAUGAGCCAUCACAUGGUUCAGCCCCUGAUAUUGCCGGUAAAAACUUAGCCAACCCAAUUGCGACUGUAUUAUCAGCCGCGAUGAUGUUGCGUUACACCUUUGAUAAUGAAGCCGCAGCGCAACGCAUUGAAAACGCGAUUAAGAAAGUGUUGGCGGCAGGUUACCGUACAGGUGAUAUUUAUGAAGAAGGUAUGAAGCGUGUAUCAUGCUCAGAAAUGGGCGACCAAAUUGUGGCUGCGAUGUAA